GGGCUGGGUCCGGGCGGGUGGGGGGUGGUGGUGGUACGAGCGGCUCAGAAUAGACGCGGAGCGCGUCCUUGAGACAUGACUGCUCGAAGCAUUGGCAUCUUUUAAGACAUCACCGCGUCGACCUGACAGGAUGUUGUUGGCCGUUUUUGUCAGAACCGCGUUGCGGCCUGGCAUGAUGAAGCCAUGCCACAUGCUCAGACCCAUUACACACAUUCAGGAGAGGUCCCUGGUUCACCAAGAGGGUUUGCCGAAGCUGCCUGUGCCACCCUUGAAGCAGACGUGUGAUAACUACCUGGCUGCCCUGGAACCUAUUGUCAGUGAAGAGGAGCUGGAACACACACGGAAGUUGGUGGAGGAGUUCCUCAAAGGUGGCGUAGGAGAGCGCCUGCAGAAAGGUCUUGAGCGACGGGCCCGAAAGACAGAGAACUGGCUGUCGGAGUGGUGGAUGCAGUCGGCCUAUUUAGACUGUCGGAUGCCGGUGGCUGUCUACACCAGCCCCGGUGUUGUUCUGCCACGCAUGCACUUCCACGAUCGCCAAGGACAGAUGAGGUUUGCGGCUAAAUUGAUUGCCGGAGUCUUGGAGUUUAAAAAAAUGAUUGACAGUGAAACCCUGCCAGUUGAGUACCUGAGCAAGAAGCCACUUUGUAUGGACCAGUAUUACCAGAUCCUUUCGUCUUGCCGAAUCCCAGGACCAAAGAGAGACACUGUUGUAAAUUACGCAAUUGGCAAAACGCCUUCCACUCACGUCACUGUCGUUCAUAACUUCCAGUUUUUUAUCUUGGAUGUAUACAACAGUGACGGGACCCCACUGACAGUAGAUCAAAUUUACAUGCAGCUGCAAAAAAUUUGGAACACCUCUUUGCAGACCAACAAGGAGCCCGUUGGUAUCCUAACGUCACAGCAUCGGAACACCUGGGGAAAAGCAUAUAAUAAUCUCAUUAAGGAUAAGACAAAUAAGGAGUCAGUCCGUGCCAUCCAAAAAAGUAUCUUCACUGUAUGCCUGGAUGCUCCGAUGCCUCGCGUGUCAGACGAACUGUACAAAAGCCGCGUGGCUGCACAGAUGCUGCAUGGGGGCGGGACUCGCUGGAACAGCGGCAACCGCUGGUUUGACAAGACGUUGCAGUUUAUUGUUGGUGAAGAUGGUACCUGUGGAUUGGUGUAUGAACAUGCACCUUCAGAGGGCCCACCCAUUGUGUUCCUCAUUGAUUAUGUUGUUAAGUAUAUGCAGAAGACAGAAAUAGUCCGUUCUCCCAUGGUUCCUUUAAUGAUGCCUCAGAAGCUGCGUUUUAACAUUACCCCUGAAGUCAAGAGAGACAUUGAAAAAGCCAAACAAAAUAUGAACAUAAUGGUACACGACCUGGAUGUGAAUGUUCUGAUGUUUUCUUAUUUUGGAAAAAAUGUGCCAAAGCAAAAUAACCUAAGUCCGGAUGCCUUCAUUCAAAUGGCUCUCCAACUUGCCUAUUUUAGGAUGUAUAACACAUGUUGCGCUACAUCUGAGAGUGCAUCAUUACGAAUGUUCAAAUACGGAAGAACGGAUGCAAUACGUGUCACGACAAAGGAGUCAUUGAAAUUUGUCCAAGCAAUGCAGGACCCAACUAAGCAGAACACUGAGAGAUUAGCACUACUGCAGAAGGCUGCUCAGACACAUAAGGAGAACGCAUACAAUGCCAUUCACGGACAAGCCAUUGACAGGCAUCUUCUAGGACUGAGGUUGCAAGGUAUUGAAGACCUCACAUCCAUGCCUGAGAUAUUCAUGGACACAUCUUUUGCUGUGGCUCACCAUUACAAUCUCUUAACCAGUCAGGUUGGUUCCAAGACCGACUGCGUGAUGUGCUUUGGUCCAAUGGUGCCAGAUGGCUAUGGAGUGUGUUACAAUCCCAUGGAUGAGCACAUCAACAUCGCAAUUACAGCUUUCAACAGCUGCGAAGAGACAAAUGCAGCCAAGUAUGCACAGACUGUAAAUGAUGCUCUGUUGGACAUGAGAGCUCUGCUGGAGGACACAGCUUCAGCCAAGCAGUGAACCCACACACAAGCCUGGAGUGUUUUUUUUUUUUUUU